UGAAAAUCUAACAAAAAGAAGAGGCGGGUGAUUUACAGACUGCUGCUCUGACUGGCUUCAGAACGCGUCAUUGGGCUACUUCGGGGACCAUUGGGCUUUUGAUUCAACGUGCGGCAUAUGGCUGAUCUCUUUCAUUCGAAAUCAUAUGUUUAUAUACCUCUAUAGCAACCCUGAGUGCGAGCGAUGUUAGUUUCACUUUAAGACGGGCAAUAAUCGAGCUUUCUUAACGUUGCUUUCAAAAUCGUCAUUGUGGGGAACGUUCAGUCGUGCAGAGUAAGGAGAAGUGUAGACUGGGGCUUCCGGUGUAAAACAGGCUAUCUUUAUGAAAUCCAUCGAAGUGCGGAACUACUGCUAUCGACUCAUUCUCCUCCAUAUUAACAUAAUCCAUUGUUAUCCGAGAUGAUAUCCGCUACCAGCUGAAACGUUGCUACGAUCGGACACACCUGGGAUAGCCAAUAAUCUAAAAGCCAAGCAAGCCCAGCUCCAUACAGUUGCAAAUUCAGUUUACUGGAAAUAGCCUACAUCAGUCCUUUGAUGGGAUCUUUUUUUGCCGGUAAUAUAGAAGAGAAGCCAUUCCUGUGGGUUUUAUUUCAUGGGGAUGUGUUCAAGACAAGAGAGAAUACAGAAAGACGUGGAUAUCGUUAUUCAAAGGUCCAAGGCAGAGAAAGACUGCCUAUUCUCUGAUUUCAGAUACACCGACGCCACAUUCACCUUCACGUAUUCCAAAGGCUCCAGAAGGGUGACCUACUCCGUGCACGUUUCUGACGACUACCCAGACAACACCUAUGUAUCCAACUCUGAAAACGACGAUGAAGUUCUAGUCACCCGAGACCCGAUCCCAGUCAUCUUUCACAGAAUCGCUACAGAGAUUAGGAUCAACAAUGACGCCAGCUGCUGCCUGUCUAUCUCCAAGUCAAAACUUCAGUUAGACAAAAACCAGUGCCACUAUGCCAUAGAGGAGGACUCUGAUGGGGAUGCUGACUCUGAGGAGUUUUACUAUGGAUGCCAGGUGAACUACGAUGGCGAGCUCCACAAGCACCCCCAGCUGGAGGCAGACCUCUCGGCGGUCCGGGAGCUGUAUGGACACCACGCAGUAUCUCUCAGGGAAUACGGUGCAAUUGAUGAUGUGGACAUUGAUCUGCACAUUGAUGUCAGUUUCCUAGAUGAGGAGAUAGCCCUGGCAUGGGAUGUGAUCCGCAGGGAGCCUGUGAUCGUGCGACUUCACUGCUCUCUGACACAGUAUCUGAAUGGACCAGUCCCCACGGUGGAUGUAUUCCAAGUGUCCACAAAAGACCGGUUUGGACUUGGUCAUCAGCUGAAAAAGAUUAUGCAGACGUUUGUUACCCAGCAGUGGAAACACCAAAGUAAAGAGAAGCUUAACUGCCCACACACCAAAAACAAGAACGACAAGAAGGUCAAAUCUCCUCUCCACAUCUUCUCAACGCUCCGCAGAUGUCCCAGCUACCCUCCUCCAGGUUGUGUCAAGAGCAAGAAGAAACUGAAGCCCGAGCAAGAUGGCGUCUCUAAAUCCCAGCGUCUUCUCCGGCGGACCGGCUCCAGUUCUGUCAAACAGCAGUCCGAGGCGGACGGCUGCGCCCCCAGUGUCCCCGGCACCAAGGCCGCGCACCGCCUCCUGGGCCACUCCCUGUCCAGCGGAGACCCCCGUGUAGACCAUGGGGGAGGGCCCGGCCCCGGGCCGCUCACCCUAAAACCCCAUCGCCUCCUGAGCAGGCCGUGUCCCACCGUGCUCAAACCAGAGGACCUCCGCCCUGCUCCUCACAGGCUCAUGCCCCGCUCCUGCUCCGGUGACCCCCGCUGUGAGCACGCCGGCGGGGUAGGAGGUGGUGGGAUGGGAGCUCUGGGUGGUGGAGGUCUGAAGCCCCACAGGCUGCUGAGUAGGUCAUGUUCUGGCUCCAUCAGGACGGAGGAGUUAGACGGACUGAAGCACCACCACCGCCUCAUGAGCAGGUCCUGUUCCAGUAACACUAAGAUGGGCAAGACGGCGGACAUCUUUAAGGACUCUGUGGCUUCAACCGAGGGAAGGCGUCUCUCUCUAACAUCAGGGCUGAUAGGGAUUCUUGCCCCCUCUCUGGCCACACCCCCACCGCCAAACAAUGGUGCCAAGUCAAUCCCAAUCAGAGACAGAGGCUUUCUCGUCCAGACCAUGGAGUAUGCUGAGCAGAGAAUCCCAGUUCUAAAUGAGUUCUGUGUAGUGUGUGACGAACCACACGUGUUUCAGAAUGGACCCAUGCUCAGACCCACAGUGUGUGAGAGGGAGCUCUGCGUGUUCGCCUUUCAAACACUGGGGGUGAUGAACGAGGCUGCUGACGAGAUCGCCACAGGAGCUCAGGUGGUGGAUCUGUUGGUGUCGAUGUGUCGGUCUGCGUUGGAGUCGCCCAGGAAAGUUGUCAUUUUUGAGCCAUAUCCCUCUGUGGUGGACCCAUGUGACUCCCAGGCGCUGGCCUUUAACCCCAGGAAAAAGGACUAUGAUCGAGUGAUGCGAGCCCUCGACAGCCUUACAUCGAUCCGCGAGAUGACCCAGGCACCUUACUUGGAAAUCAAGAAACAGAUGGACAAGCAUGAUCCUUUAGCACACCCCUUAUUGCAGUGGGUGAUAUCCAGUAACAGAUCACACAUAGUUAAACUACCGGUAACCAGGCAACUGAAGUUCAUGCACACGCCCCAUCAGUUCCUUCUCCUCAGCAGUCCUCCUGCCAAAGAGUCCAACUUCAGAGCCGCCAAGAACCUCUUUGGGAGUACCUUCGCUUUUCAUGGUUCUCACAUAGAGAAUUGGCACUCCAUUUUGAGGAACGGUUUGGUGGUUGCAUCCAACACAAGACUUCAGCUCCAUGGCGCCAUUUACGGGAACGGAAUCUAUCUCAGCCCAAUGUCAAGCAUAUCCUUUGGCUACUCAGGGAUGAACAAAAAGCAACAGAAAGUUGCUUCGAAGGACGAAUCUGCUACAAACAAGACCAACUUACAAUUGCAGUCGACGAAAAAAGGACAGCAGCCCCAGUUUUUGCAAAGCCGUAACCUGAAGUGCAUAGCCUUAUGUGAAGUCAUCACAUCCCCUGACCUGCACAAACAUGGAGACAUCUGGGUCGUCCCCAAUACAGACCAUGUCUGUACACGCUUCUUUUUUGUUUAUGAAGACGGCCAAGUGGGAGACACAAGCAUCAACACACAAGACGCCGGCAUCCAUCGAGAGAUUCUACGAGUCAUCGGCAAUCAGACCGCCACGGGAUGAACCAGACAGGCGUGGAAAUGUCCCCUCCGCAAUACUGCUGCCUCACAUCCACCUCAACUCCAGCCUUCCAGCUCAAAGCUGGAUUUUUGAGCUGCGGAGGCCUGUCAAGUGUGGGUCUGACCUAUACAGAGAACCCCAACAACUUAGCAAAGGUUUUAAAUAUUCAAAUAAAUAACUCCAGGCUAGUGUUUAUAACCUUGAUGAAACCAACCAUGCAUAUUUACAACUGAAAAACAGCAAAACUCUUAAGGAAAGAACCAAUUUUGCUAGGUUUAUAAAUACUAUGGAGAAUCCUGUUUUUCAGAAGACACGUCUCUCUGUUAGGCUGGUUGGGACAAUUUCAUUUUUUUAGAGAUCCUUUAAAAUGGUAAAACUCUAUGGUGAAUAUUUUGAGACUUCUUGCUAGAAUAUAUGGGGCCUUUUGGGAAAAACAGAAAACGUUCCUUACCAUCUAGAAAAAGGUCCCUUCUAUCUGACCUUGUUUACUAUGAAGAGUUGUACCUUUUUAAAAUAAAAAUACAAUGUACUUUCUGUAUACCGAAGGUGUUAAUAUGCACUUUAUUUUUCUUAAUGUAAUAUAUUUGUUCCAACAACUGGGUCAUAAUCUAAAAAAAUAUAAAAGCCUUUUCCACUCUUGAUUAUUUUAAAAUGAAAAAAAAAAAUGGUUGUAUGUAUUUUCGACAGUGCUAUAAUACAUUAUAAUGGUGAUCAUUCCAGACAGCAAUACAAAGAGCAGAACUGACACCAAGGCCAGGAUCCAGUCCAAACAGCAGACAAGCCGUGUUGCAGCACGGUUUACAUUUUAAUUGAUUUCAUUACAUUUAGUUUUACUUAGUUUAAAAUUGAGAUGAAAUCUGCAGCAUUUAAUUCGAAUUGUGAUCUCAUCCAUUGUAACAUUUUUUUUUAAUUGUGUAUAGCCGAAUUGCGGCAAUCAUAUUGAAUCCUGGAUCUAGUCUGUGAGGUUUGACAGAUGUAGUCAAACAUAAGCAGAAAUGUUUGCUGUUUUAAUUUUGAAUGUAUAUCCGUUUCCUUUACAUUAUCAUAAAGAAAUACCUUUACGGUUGCUUUUCCUUUUAUAAGGGAUCUACUGGUUUACAUUGCAAAGACUUUGAUUCCAGUCAAAUGUACAGGACGGAUAUGCUCUGUGUUGUUCCACACACACAACCUGUCUGGAUAGAGUGACACGUCUUCAAAAAAGUGGACAGAAAUAAUCCACUAUUAAAACAUUUCAAAUUG